CGAUGCGUUGUACGUCCCCUACUUCUCUCGUCGGUACAGAAAUACUUUCUAUUGAGUCUCCAAGCCUCCUCGAAAUCAUGUUUUUCCACGUAGAAUCUACUGUAGCAGCAGUUGCCGUUAUCGCCGUCUUGACAGGUCUCGAUGUCGUCGCUGUAAUAGCUCGGGUCUACACUAGAAAGUCAUUAAAGCAACCUAUGAAGCUUGAUGACUGGUUGGUCUUACCCGCACUUCUCUUGACGAUAGGCAUGGUUUCUGGGUUUUUCGUCGGCGUCGGGCAAGGCGUACUCUUCAAUUAUAGCCCGCAUAUGCUUCCAAAGCAUGGCCAACUGUCCGGCCAACUACUGAACGCCUUUUUGAUUUCCAAAAAGAUCGAGUUUGCGGUCAUCCUCAUGUCCAUCAUCACCCUAUCCCUCAUCAAGCUCAGCUUCCUCUUCUUUUAUAGGAGGGUCUUCGUUUACGACAAAUCGAACCCACGAAAUCUCCGGAACAUAGUCGUACUGUUUACCAUCGCCCUAGUCAUCCUCUGGGGCGUUGGCUUCAGCAUAACGUAUCUGUCCGCGUGCCGAGGAGACUUCAGUGUUCGCUGGUCAACCGAAAGCUCCGAACAAAUUGAGCUAAAGUGUAUUAAUACGUUCUGGAUGCUCUAUGGCCUGGCUAUAUCCGACUUUGUCAUGGACUGUAUGAUCAUCUUGAUACCAGUCCCCAUGAUCUGGAAGCUGCAUCUUCGUUCCAGCCGGAAGCUCGGUAUCCUGGUAGUUUUUCUUCUGGGCUCAUUAGCGACUGUGGCCUCUCUGAUUCGGCUGAUCUGGCUUCGUUGGGUUAUACAAGUUGGUACGACUCGGCAGAAGCACUCGGAUCCACUGUCACUCAUAUCUACCGAGAUCUUUUGGUACCUGAUUGAAAUCACCGUAGCAUUGCUCGCCGUUUGUCUUCCUACGCUGUCCGGUAUGCGGAGGGUUGAACCAGUCGAGAAAGUCAUACGAAGGGUACAAAGCAAACUUUCCCUGAAAUCAAGUACCUCGACGGGCGGUAUUAUUAUACCUUUAAAUGAGAUACCCAUUACUCGAAGAGAACUUGAGGACAAUUCGAAACAUGAGGCAUUGAAAGACGGGGAGAGGGCGCAUGUAGGCGUCUUGCCGGAUGUGGAUCCCUAG